CGAUGCCAUUCUAAUCACGUUCAGUGGGGGGAAAAGGUCGGGAAUAAAUCACCGUGGGAAACCCCACGCACACACACCUCCUCUUUCCCCCAAUCGAGCUCCACGCCUACUGGCUGACGGAUUCUUAUUUUGUCGCUUGAAGGACCACAUCAUGGCAGGAGGACCGAAGAACACAGACCCAGAAGAGGAGUUUGUGCACUCGCCCUUCAUCCGCAAGCAAGGCAACAUUUACAAGCCCAACAACAAGCAGCAGGACGGCGACAUGGACAACGACAGCCUCAACGAGAAGUCCAUGAUGGACGAUAUGCACACCAAAGAGAUCGACCUGGUCAACCGAGACCCCAAACACAUCAACGACGACGUGGUCAAGGUGGACUUUGUGGACGUGAUCGCCGAACCAGCGGGCACGUACAGCUUCGAUGGGGUGUGGAAGGCCAGCUUCACCACAUUCACCGUCACCAAAUACUGGUGCUACCGCUUGCUGACGGCGCUGGUGGGCAUCCCGCUGGCGCUGGUGUGGGGCAUCUUCUUCGCCAUCCUGUCCUUUGUGCACAUCUGGGCGGUGGUGCCCUGCAUCAAGAGCUACCUGAUCGAGAUCCACUGCGUCAGUCGCGUCUUCUCCAUCUGCGUGCACACCUUCCUCGAUCCGGUUUUCGAGGCCAUGGGCAAGUGUCUCAGCAGCGUUCGGAUCACCACCAUCAAGGAGGUGUAGGCGCCAUCUGGAGGAGGAUUCAUGGGAAUUCAUUGGGGAUUGGGUGGGGAGGGGGGGAGAUAUCGGGGGAGGUGGGGGCAGAGUCUGAUAGGACAUUUUUACAGGUUGGACGUUCCAAGCUAAGAGACAGGGAGGGGGGUGGUAUUUCUUGUUUUAGAGCUUUCCUUCACGUUUUGAUCAUUUCAAAUCCUGGUACACACAACGAAAGCAACCUUCACGCUGACUAUCGGAGGCGGAUUUAGCUAAGGCGAGAUGAGAUGGUUGAAGUCGACUGCUGUCUUCUCAUUAUCUGAACGCAGCAAGUCGUAGUGAGCGUUUGAAGGUGCCGUCCUAGCUUCGGAAGCCAAUAUGAAAUGGGCUUAAGGAUCUGAUUCGGAUCUCGAUUUCGACCCGUUACCAACAAAAUCAGCGUAAAACGGCUUUUGUGUCCGGUGUGUAACACUACUAGCAGGUCAAGUCACCACUGUAUCAGCUAACAACUAGCACAGUGUCUUUUUUUACUCAGACAAUUGUGGUUUUUAUUGUCUUUAUGUGUGUGUACCGGAUGUAGACAAAUCGACAUUCACCUUGUUCAUGUUUGCUCAUUGAGGGAUGCUGGUCGUAGCGCUAGCUCGGCAGCGACCUGAAUUCUGUCGACACCGCACAAAACCAAACAACCAUUGAUCCCUUUGUCCCCCUCAUGACCUCUGAUACCACCCCCAGUACCUCCUCCCCCGACCUGGCUUUGCUGCAGUCGGACACACUGAACCCGCCACCCCCCUUCUUUUUUUUUUUUUUUUUUUUGCCGUCCGCCGCCCUCGAGACCAACACGCUACCUGCUGCUCAGUCACUCGCUUUGUCUUCAUUAAAAAAUGUCACAAUUCACCAGUUUUAGCCUCCUGUUUGACGAUGUGAACUUGAGGCGGUUAAUCUUAGCAGCUAGCAUGUACACGCAUAGACUUUGGACUCAUUAUUGCGUAUCAACGUGAAGAAUAUGCAAUAAAACUUAAUGUCACUGCAAGCUAUCGUCUGUUUAUUUUUUUUGCUUAGCACAACCUGCUAGCGUGCUAGCUAGCUCGGUGACGACCGAUGUCUUGUAAAGACUUGUACACGUUUCUUUUUUUUAAUCACAAAUGAAAGAAAGUUGUGUUAGUGUGUUCUCAUUUUUUGUGAAGAACUAACAUUUUUUCAAGUUAGUAAAAAGCUUAUGCAAUGUGCUUUUGUUGUGUCACCAUUUGUAAACUUAAUGUGGGCCUCCAUCCCAUGAGGGGAGGUUUCUUUUCACGUUUGCACGCUUUUCCUCCCCUUCAGUCUACCUGCUGUUUUUGUUUCCUUCACAGGCGACUCAAAAAGUGAUAUUUUUAUAUAUAAAGUUUCCCCCCCCCCUUUCUUGCCUUUACUUGUACAAUAUCACGCCGUGCACAUUAAAGUUGAAUAUGAUCA